UCUCACUUUUCAUUUCUAAUUUUCAACCUACACAAAAGUUCACUUAAGUUUUGACGUGGACCAAACUUUCGUCACUGAGAAGAUAUUGAAUUGAUAAUUCAAGUUACUUUGGUAAAAAGGAUUUUGCUGAGGUUCGCAACUAUGGCCAGCAGUAGCAGUAUUCCAGAUUUGUUGGCUGACAAACAUGACUGGUCCUCAGAGUAUAAUCACGCGGACUGCACUCGGUAUUACCAAGGGCUGCUGAAGAAAGGACAAAUGGCAGAGCGACAUGAGAUUACAGCCAAGCACUGCGAAAGAUUUCUAAUUCCCAUCUUCAAAAAAUGGGCCAUAGACCUCGGCAAGCCCCUGAAGUUUAUGGACAUGCUCUGCUGCUAUGGAAACGACACCCUAGCAUACACCCAUGCCUACUAUCAAGAGGAUUUUGAGAAAACAUGGGCCUCCGAGGCCACAUGCUAUCAGCUUAGCAAGCCCAGAUCCUUCCCAGUUGAGACUCUUGGUGUAGAUAUAAGUGAACCGGCUCUUGAAUUCGGAAAGAAGGCCGGAAUAUUCGACGAGAUUCUAAAAUUGGAUCUAAAUGCCCUCUCUGUAUCUGAGAGCCAUCUAUUGAAAGCAAACUGCGAGAGCGCGAAUAUUAUGCAUAUUAACUCUUCCGGUUACAUCAAUGAAGAUGUAAUCCAUCAGAUAAUAGACUGGUUUGCAGCUGGAAAAGAGCCAGGGAUGAUUGCGUUUGCGCUCGUUUAUCCGCUUGAGGGACGAGAGCGCAUUUACCGAUUAAGAACGCAUUUAUUGGAAAAAUUUAAAUUUAUGGAAUCAAUUUCGAUGAUUCAUAGAAACGUCACAGACUUCGAAAGACAGAAAUUUGGACCUGAAUAUGGAAUAUGGAAUCGGUUUAGUUAUGAUUUGUGGUACAUGACCAGAUUUUAAUAUACAAUACCGGGUAUAUAGUAAGUAUAAAUCACACUGAUCAAUAUAUACCAGUUUCAAAUUGGUUAAUGUACAAUCAAUUUUAAUGAACAAUCAAUUUAAUAUAUAACCAAG